AUGAAUGGUGGUCUGUAUGUGUGGAGAAGCAGUAUUAUUCCAACAGUGAAAUUGAAUGGUCUUGCAAUGAAAAGAGAGCCUGCCAUCUCUAUGCCAUUAGAUCAAAAGCGCCCCAGCUACAGAACAAAUUAUAAUUUUUGUGGUAUAUACAAUUGGAGAUACCACUACUCAAUGGUUUUCUAUGUUCAGUUAACUGGAAGUGAGUGUGAGUUUUUGGGUGAAGGAAAGAAUCUACAAGUUGCUAGACACAAUGCUUCAAUAAAGCUCUUCAGAAUGAGAGCUUCAAAAGUUAAAGUGGGACAUGAAAUUACAACUGGAACAGGACCCAAGAAGAAAAUAGCAAAACGGAAUGCAUCUGAAGCUAUGUUAUUACAGCUUGGCUAUAAAGCCUCUUCCUCUACUUCAAGAACAGCCAGAAACGAGCUAAUCCCCAGAAAGACACUUUCAUCUGCCGAUUAGUCAUGCCCCUGCAAGCCUCAAUAACCCGAGGUGAUAGCUUUACAACAAACGUUUCUAUAAAAGAUCUGAAAAGGCU